AUGUUUCUCCUAUUUUUGAUAUCAGAGGAAGAUGAAGAUGGGAAAAAGAAGGUUAUGGAGCGAAUAAGGGAAGCCUGUGUUAAAUAUGGCUUUUUCCAGAUUGAGAAUCAUGGAAUUCCUUUGGAGUUGCUGACCAGAACCAUGGAUUUGUACAAGACCUUCUUUGCUUGUUCAGAUGAAGAUAAAUUAUUGGUAUCUCCAAAAUCCGGUUCAUCAAUACCAGCUGGUUAUUUGAAAAGCCCACAAAAUUCAGCGGAGAAGAAUGAGCACUUCGUGUUUCUUCCUUCAUCCUCUGGCUUCAAUGUCUAUCCCAACAAUCCACCUCAUUUCAA